AGCCCAUAGUGAGCAUAGCACUAAUGCUUCUGAUACUCUGCAUACUACGCAUAGUAUUAAUAUUUUUGCAAGAUAUAUGCGCUCCGAUACUACAAAAUUAUCUUCUACAGAUUAUGAAGAUAUCAUGCAAUACCGAGAUAUGAAAUCCAAGCCUCUGGAUCAAUUAAGAAAGAAAUUCCAUGUAUCAACUUCUUGUUUAUAUCAGAUUUGGAGAGGACAGGAGGUAGGAAGGCUCGAAUGGAACUAUUCAGCAGUCCCGCUUUCUUAUCCAAGUACAAAUGUUAUAGAUAAAUAG